AAAGACGGACAGAAGCAGAAAUGUCUGAUAAUUGUGAUCUGUGUCUGCUGGGACUGAUCAUUCUCUCUUCACUUCUCACAGGCACCAGUGGAGUGGAUGAUGUGUUCAUCAGUUCUGGUGUAAAUGUCCGUCUGUCCUGUAAUAAAACUCUUUCUGACUGCAAAUCAACUAUAUGGAUCUACUAUAACAGAUUCAGACAUCCAGCAGCAGUUGAACUGAUUACUUUAGGGAUAAAGAAGAAAGACACAGAGAGACAUGAGAGACUGAGUCUGGAGUCUGACUGCUCUCUGAACAUCAAGAACGUCACAGAAGAAGAUUAUGGAUUAUACAGAUGCAGUCAAUAUGUGAACGGACUAUAUCACCAACCAGAAACUGAUGCACAUGUUUAUCUGCAUGUUCUUCAUGUUUCAGUGUCUCCAUCAUCAUCAUCAUCAUCAUCUUCAUCCUCACAGACUGAGAUCAGUCCAGGCCGCUCUGUGACUCUCUUCUGUCAGUUGGAUUCAUUUGAUGGAUUCUCCUGUAAUGAUUUGGUUCGUUAUGAUGGAGUUGAGCUGUUGUGGGUGAAUCAGGCUGGUGUUGCUCUGAAGACACACUCCAGAUAUCAGAUAUCAUCAUCAUCAUCAUCAUCAUCAUCAUCAUCAUCACAUCAGUAUCACUGUAACAUCACUCUGACUACAACACUCCUGAAUGAAGAUAACAACAGAGAGUGGAGAUGUCAGCUUACUCACAGAAAUCAACUCCAGACGUCAGUCACAUACACUGUCAAGUAUUCAGUGUCUCCAUCAUCAUCAUCAUCUUCAUCAUCACAGACUGAGAUCAGUCCAGGCCGCUCUGUGACUCUCUCCUGUCAGUUGUAUUCAUAUAUUGGAUACUCCUGUGAUGAUUUGGUUCGUUCUGAGAGAGUUGAGCUGUUGUGGGUGAAUCAGGCUGGUGUUGAUCUGAAGACAGACUCCAGAUAUCAGAUAUCAUCAUCAUCAUCAUCAUCAUCAUCAUCGUCAUCAUCAGAUCCCUGUAUCAUCACUCUGACUACAACACUCCUGAAUGAAGAUAACAACAGAGAGUGGAGAUGUCAGCUUACUCACAGAAAUCAACUCCAGACCUCAGUCACAUACACUGUCAAGUAUUCAGGUGAUGUGUGUGAACAUUCAUCUUCUGCAGCUCCAGUCUCUUCAUCAACACUGACUCCAGUCAGCAGAUCAAACUCUGAGAAGACAUCAAGCAGAACUACAGCAACAGCUCCUACACAAGUUGUGACUACAACUACAUCUACUACAGUAACAGCACGUCCCACAGAAACUGCUGGAUUAUUAUACAGAGUGAUUGUGAGUAUUGUUGAGAUGGCAGUGUUUGCUGCUCCUACUGUGAUUCUUCUUCAGAUCAUCUGUGCAAGAAGAGCUGGGAGGAAGGACUCGAGACACCCGGAGGAAAUAGAGAUGCCUGCAAUACAACAAUAAAAUACAGAGUUUUGAGCGAAUCUGCAACAAUAAUUAUGAUUGUAUGAUUGUUUGAUUUAUUUUCUUCCUUCUUGAUCAUCCUAAAGAAAUAUUUGGUUCAAGCUUAGAUUAAAAUUUAUUUUUAUUUUUAUAAAACUCCAGAUUUAUUUCC